AUACACAAACACAAAAACUCACUCCCUACCCCAUAUAAUCAUAUAUAUAUAUAUAUAUAAACAUGUACACAUGAAUUGAGUUCCACUUUGGGGGUUUUGGAUUAUAUCACUACUACUAUUAUGUGCGACAAUAACAACAACAACAACAACAAAUUAGAGAAUAACCAAGAAAACCCAUCUCACGUUUCAUCUGAAAACAACGGCGGGGGUUUCCAAGCACAGGAUCAUCAAACGCCCAAUUUCCCUCUACAGAAUAUGAUGCAGCAGAACAUGAUCAACGGCCUAGAUGCUUUCUUCGCGGACGGCGGGCCGGGCCCAGCCCUCGCUUUCCCAGAUGACUCGCCCCAGAUACUGCCCUGGAAUUUUCCGCACCCGUUCGGGCCAGCUCACUUCCCGGCCCGGGAUCCCGACCCGUUCCUCCUUCCUCCCCCUCCCCCGGGCCUGUUCAGCCCGAGAAGGCCGUUCGGGUACGAGAGCGGGCCGAGCUCGGACCACCAUCUGAGGCUGAUCACGGAGUCCUUGGGCCACGUGGCGGGCCCUGCUGGCCCGUUCGGGCUUCACGCGGAGCUCCAGAAAAUGACGGCUCAGGAGAUAAUGGACGCAAAGGCCCUGGCGGCUUCUAAAAGUCACAGCGAGGCUGAGAGGAGGCGUAGAGAAAGGAUUAAUAAUCAUCUCGCUAAGCUCAGGAGCUUGCUACCAAGCACAACCAAACGCAGUUUGACACGAAAAAGAGAAACCAUGGAGCAGUUGAAAAAGACGGACAAGGCUUCGUUGCUAGCUGAGGUUAUCCAGCACGUGAAGGAGCUGAAGAGGCAAACAUCCCUCAUAUCCGAGACAAGCGCUGUCCCCACAGAGACCGACGAAGUUACGGUGGACAGCACCACGGAGGAUCUCAUCCGAGCCUCCAUAUGCUGCGAGGACCGUCCGGACCUCCUUCCGGACCUAAUCAAGGCCCUCAAAGGCCUCAGGCUAAAGACUCUCAAGGCCGAGAUCACGACACUUGGCGGUCGUGUGAAGAACGUUCUGUUUGUGACUGGGGAAGAGGGCAGUGAUCAGCCGCAGCCGGUGCGCGUGAGCUCGAUUGAGGAAGCGCUCAAGGCAGUUGUGGAGAGGGGGGGAGGGGAGGAGUCAAGUGUUAAGAGGCAAAGGACUAAUAGUGUUAAUAUUUCUUGAGCAUAGGUCUUUAUGAUGAUUCAUAUAGCCUACGUUUUUUAUUUUCUUUUUGUUGGGUUUUUUAAAUUUGGUUUGUGUGUGUGGUUUUAUUAGGUUUUGGGGUUUUUUUUUUUAUUGGUUUGGUUUACUAAAUGGGGUGUUUUAGGGCAAAUUAUUAUGGGAUAACUUGUUGAGAGGGAAUGUAUGAAGUGGAAAAUGACAGAGAGGGGCAUGGCAUGAAUGAUGAAGGCUUGAAGUAGAUGUGUGGUGGUUGGUGUGGACUUCAAGUAUCACGGGUUUGGAUCGGGUUUUUGCCAUAUAUAUGUUGUAGAUUGGGUUUUGCCCCUAUUGAUUUUCCACGCAAGUUUCACUUGGUGGGGCAAAAUGGAAAAAGAAAAAAGGGGGUAAGGAUCUUUUUCGUGAGAGGAGAAACCUAAUAUAUUAACCUAACAUGGUAAAUGUUUGGAGUAUUUAAGGUGUUUCUGUAACUCUGUUGUAGCCUUGUUUGAAUUUCUUUCUCUAUGAAAGAAGAAAAAUAAAGCUCACUCUAUC